AGCAUGAAAACCUCAAAUAUUCCCCGAAUCUCUUACAGCCACUAUGCAAAAACAGAUAUUAAAUCCAGAAGCAACUCUCAAAUUGACAACAGAUUGCCCCAGAUGUAUAAAGUUCGGGAGAAGAAACCAGUAAAUACAUUCCCAUUUUCUAUCCAUGACAAUAGACAUUGCUUACUGAAUGUAGGAGAAUAUUUAGACUCUGGGCUGGGACUAAAGAAAUUUCAACAAGAGACAUGUCAACAGCAUUCACAGAACUACUUUUUUUUGGCUCAUGAACCCAUGAAUUGUACUAGCCAACGUACAAUUUAUCAAACUUCAUUUAUCCAGUAUCCAAAUAUUAAGCCACCGCUUGUGGGGCGAUUUCCCAAAAGCCAUGUAGAAAAGUCUAUUCUGAAGUCUGCUUUGAAGUCUGAGACUGAGAAGGAGUGCAUGUGGUUUGCAAAAGGCUAUGCAGAUUCUAAUAAUCUACCUUCUGUCAAGCCUGAGAAAAGCUCUGUCUCUGGGCCUGAGCAACCUUUACCUGCAGAGCAAGUGACAGAAUGUAAAGAGUAUUCAAAAGAAAUUACAGUUUGAAUUUACAGUUUACUUUUUCAAGUUUAGCAAAUGUUACCUUGAUUAUUGUACUCCCCCCAUUUUUCUAGUUAAUGAAAUUAUUUUAAGAACCUUUAUGGCAUUAAAGCAAAUGGAAUUGAAUGAGUAGCUGGAUUUAUACAGCUGUGUUAUUAAAGGGGCAGCAUACACAAAAAAAGAAAAGAAAUUUUAUGUUGCUUUCAAUAUAAAAUUAUACCCCCACCAGUAAAUAUAAAGGAUUUUUAAAGCAUGUAGCAGCUUAGACUACACGCUUCUUUAUGUCAAUCUAUUCAACAGCCUAUGCUUAUGCAUUGGGUGUAGCCCAUGUCUUCCCCUUGCCAGAAAGAGAUGUGUGGAGAAAGACAAUGUAUGCUUGAU